AUUAAAAAACACAAGACCGCUUUUAGAAAGGAGUGGCAGAAAUCGUCUAAUCUUUCUGUGAAGAAAAAUAUAUAUAUUACAUUGAAAAAGUAUAUGGAAAAUAUUGUUUUUGGUCUAAAUUUAUCUGCAUUUUUUUAUGCAUUUUUCGGGUAUUUCGCUUCAUUGCACUUUUAUACAGUGAAUAACGAAGAACAAUAACCCUGAAAAAACUAAAUAUAGACUAUUCUGAAUAAUCCUACAUUAUGUUGAGGGACAUUCUGGUUCUUUGAGUGACAUUUUCAUGCGAAUUCCUUUCUGCUUAAAGUGAGAAUGAGUCCUUGAGCACAGCGAACAGACUGAUAAUGUCCAAUUUGGGCGAUGAUGUGGGAUCGCACAUAAAACUCACUGUGACAAAGUGCUAAAAUAUUCCAAAUUAAAGUGAUAAAUGUCAGAAAGAUUAGAAAUCACCGAUUUUCCACAUGAUUCCCUUUUUUGCCUUUAAUCCCUCGGACCACAGUCCUGCUGCGGGGGCACUCUUGAGCGGGCGUGUGUGUGUGUGUGUGCGUGGGGACACCCCAAAGCAGCCACGCCCACUUCCAUGACGUCAUGCUCACCACCCGCCGAGGGCGCGAAGGCUGCGGACGCCAUUUGCGCCAUAAGGGUAGAAAUAUUGACGACGAUCCGGAGGCUGGAGUCAGUUGAGUUGGAGACCUGAAGUGUGGAUCCACGGAGAGUUCUCGGUCCGUCCGACAAAGGAGCAAUCCAGGGGUGAUCCUUUCGCCCAGCAACCCACGAAAAUUCCCCGCGAAUGAGGUUCAACUGAAUAAGCGCCAAAAGUCAUUGAGAAAAAUCUCGCGCGCGUGCAGAAAAGUGCUGAAAAAGAAGUUCUGUGAUUUUAUGUGCAAUUGAUACCCGCAAAAAGAGGAGAAAAUGGCAGUCAACCCCACCAACUACAAACUGUCGGAUCGGACGGCCAGACUCACGGCUCAGGAUCUGCUGCCGCACCAAGUGAUGGCCGGACCGGAGACGAAGGAGUUCCUGCUCAAAGUCAUCGACAUCCUUCUCGACUUCAUCCGGGUCACAAAUGAUCGCAGCGAGAAGGUGCUGGACUUCCACCAUCCGGAGGAGAUGAAGAAGCUCCUGCAGCUGGAAAUCCCAGAGAAUCCCGUCUGCCUGCAGCAACUGCUCGCCGAUUGUGCCACAACACUCAAGUACCAGGUGAAGACUGGUCAUCCGCACUUCUUCAACCAACUCUCUUGCGGCCUGGACAUCAUCUCCAUGGCCGGCGAGUGGCUCACGGCCACGGCUAACACCAACAUGUUCACGUACGAGAUCGCCCCGGUGUUCAUCCUGAUGGAGAACGUGGUGCUGACGAAGAUGCGCGAGAUAAUCGGCUGGGACUGUGGCGACUCCAUCCUAGCGCCCGGCGGCUCCAUCUCCAAUCUUUACGCCUUCCUGGCGGCGCGCCACAAGAUGUUCCCCGGCUACAAGGAGCACGGGAGCCGCGCUCUGCCCGGCGAUCUGGUCAUGUUCACAUCCGACCAGUCUCACUACUCUGUGAAGAGUUGCGCCGCCGUGUGCGGCCUGGGCACGGACAAUUGCGUCAUGGUGCCUUCGGAUGAGCACGGCCGAAUGAUCACCACGGAGCUGGAGCGGCUGGUGCUGGAGCGGAAGGCCAAGGGGCAGAUCCCCUUCUUCGUCAGCGCCACCGCCGGCACCACAGUUCUCGGCGCUUUCGAUCCCCUCAACGAGAUCGCGGACAUUUGCGACAAGUACAAUCUCUGGCUGCACGUUGACGCCGCCUGGGGUGGAGGACUGCUGCUCUCGCGGAAGUAUCGGCAUCCACGACUCUCUGGGAUUGAGAGAUCACUCUCCGUUACUUGGAAUCCGCACAAGCUGAUGGGUGCUCUUCUGCAGUGCUCAACGAUUCACUUCAAGGAAGAUGGCCUCUUGAUGAGUUGCAACCAGAUGUCAGCCGAGUAUCUCUUCAUGACUGAUAAACUUUAUGAUCUGAGCUACGAUACGGGCGAUAAGGUGAUCCAGUGUGGGCGUCACAAUGACAUCUUCAAGCUCUGGCUGCAGUGGAGAUCAAAGGGCACUGAAGGCUUCGCCGAUCAUAUGGAUAAAUUGAUGGACUUGGCGCAGUAUCAAGUGAAGAAGAUCAAGCAGAAUCCAGACAAGUUCUAUCUCAUCAUGGAGCCUGAGUGCGUCAAUGUGUCUUUCUGGUACAUCCCAAAGCGCCUUCGCGGUGUGCCUCACGACUCGAAGAAAGAGCUUGAAUUGGGAAAGAUUUGCCCCAUUAUUAAAGCCCGGAUGAUGCAAACGGGAACAAUGAUGGUUGGCUAUCAGCCAGACGAUCGUCGGCCCAAUUUCUUCCGCUCAAUUAUCUCAUCUGCCGCCGUAACGGAGAAGGACGUUGACUUCAUGCUCGAGGAAUUUGAUCGAUUGGGUCAGGAUUUGUAAGUUCGUGCACAGCUCACGAAACUGCCACCUUCAACACAAAUGGUCGGUGCAGAAGAAGAGAAGGACGUUGUUCGACAUAAGAAACUCCAAAGAAAAACCAAGGAUUAUCAUUUUGAACAACAUAUCAGAAGUGUGUGAAGUCUAGAAUGAAACUUUAAAGGAAAUUAUUUAACUGUCGCUGAAAUUCUAUUGACGAUUUAAGACAAAGCGCGAGAAGAGGUAUAUUAACUGUUGCUGUUAUUGAAGUAAAAUGAAAAAAUAUAUCUAUAAAUUAUUAUAUAUUUGAUGAUAAAUGAACCCAACGUGAGGCAAAAUAUUUAACAUGUUGACUAAUUCCAUGAUAUUAAUGUGAAUUUAUUUGUUUUACCGAAAACAGAGAGAGAAGCACAUAUUUUAGAGAUGAAUAUUUACUCCAAAGAGCACUCAAGUGUUAAUAAUAGUUACUCUAUUACAUGCUUUUCCUGUUUAUUGUUUGGAAAAGGAUUUACCAUCUAAUAUUGUGUUGAUGAAAUGCAAAUUAUUCUUUAAAAGAGCUGUAAAAUGUACACAAAAUUAUAUAUUUAAAUGAAAAUAACUAUAAAAUAGCGUAAAAUAAUAUUAUUUAUCGUUUGGUAAAGUUUUUUUCAUGAUGAUAAAAUGAUGAAAAAAUGCCUUAGUUCCAUUUUACUUGCGUAAUGUUCUUGGAAACAUUCGUCUAUGUGUAGCUCGCAAUAAAUAUUCCAGAAAAGAAAUCAUGACUUGAGAAGAAAAUUAUGAAUAAAUGUGUAAAAUGAACAUAAAAUUAUGCUCUGUGUAAAAAUUCAUCGAAUUACCGUAACAUAUUUAAUGAUAUUAUUCAGUCAAGAGUAAGAAGAGAUGUUUUAAGAGUAAUUGCAGAAUGAUGCUUCGCGAUAUAUAUAUUUAUCAAAACAUGUUGUUUCUGUUCAUUGAAAAAAUAUACUCCAAGACAACAACAAAACUGCAGAGAUGAUAAAUAGAAUGAUGCCAAUGAAUAGAUAAUUUAACUAUUUUUCGCUGAAUCUUUCGUGAAUGUGUCUCUUAAGUUAAGAUAUCAUUUUCAGUCACCACAAUCAAUGCACAAAAUGUAUAGAAAGAAACUGUGAAUAGAUUUUUCCUUAUGUAAAUAAAGCGAGAAGGAGAAACAGCAAGAAAUGGCUUGAAUGCAUUCCUAAAGAAAAGUGAAGAAAAAAACACUAAAAAAAAUCUGUAGCGAAUGUAAAAGUGUGUCAAUAGAUUGUAUUAAAUUUAUAUUUUAAUUAAUCUUAGAAUUGGGGUUUGGGUUGCGGGAAAACCGAAAUGAAAAGAUAGUCUGUGAGAAAAGAGUAUAUAAUUAUGAUGACAUGAAAAACAAUGAAGUCACAAAAGUCUUCCUUCGAACACAAGUUAAUUAUAUAUUAUUCGGCCGUGUUGAGAAAUAAUCACGAUUUGAUGGGUUUAUUGACAAAUUCAAUUCUACCGAGAGUUAGAGAAAAACCUAUUUUUGAGAAAAAAUGACUAAGAAUGAGACUUUUUGAGCUGUGACGAGUGAAUGGCAAAGAGAAUGAAUUUUAGUGGGAAAAUUAAUGAUGAGGAAAAACGGGAAGAAUCCUGAAUUGAAUAAACCCAGUCAAGUUUCACUGUAAAUUUUGUUUUCUCGAAUGCGGCAUGAAUAAUUCACUUUAGAGAGAGAAAAAAAUGAAAGAAAUCAUUGCAUAUAGUUGUUUAAUUUGUACAUUUAAAUGAUACGAAGUGCUCAUUCCAAAUGAGAGAAAAAUUGUAGCAAGAAAUAUAAUAAAAAUGAAUAAUUAUAUGAAAAGUAUAAAUGUAUAUUAACUGCAGUGACAAAAAAGGUAUAAAAAUCAUAAAAAAUAGAUGUUAAAUGUGUUGUUCUAACAGAGAGGCAUAUGAGAAGUAAGGAAAAAUACAGAGCAAAAUAGAUACACAAA